AUGAUCCACGAUGUUGCUAAAGGCGUCAGCAAAGCCAAGAAACGAGCGGGCAAAAGGGCUCCGAGAUGGGUCAUGCCUUUCUUGAACGAGCCCGAGGGGGAUGACGGAUCGGGAGCUGACGACGCUGGCGAAGAUGCCGACGACAAUGAACUGGACGAGGAGGGCGAGGGGGAGGAGAGCGAGGAGGAGAACGAGGAGAAGAAGGACCUCAAGGUUCUGCGCAAGCCCUCGGUCUUCAUGAAGAGGCCCGCGGCCGACGACGAGAACGGUUACCACUACAUGUACGAUCGAGAGAUGAAGGUCGCCUACCGAUACAAGGUCCAGAGAGAUGAGCACGGCGAGCUCAUCGCGGACACGAAGAUCAAGGAGAUGGCCACGCGUGGCCCAGAGCUUCCACAUGCCGACGCGCAGCCGAACGAGCUCGCGGUGGCGUACUUUGGAACGGUGAAGUGGGAGAUCCCAACAUUGACGGUGGAGGAGCUCAAGCUCAACAUGCUGAAGAGCGUCAGGAGGGGCGUCGUGUACCAGGCGCCGCACAAGAAGGACCAGCAGCCCGUGCAGCUCAAGCUGAUAUAUACCACAAAAGGCUCUGGUGCUUGCGGGCAAAUGGUGAUCACGAACUAUUCGGACCAGUUGAAGGUGGAGGCCGAAGCAUACAUGGCAGAGUUAGUGAACCUGUACUGCAGCGGGGUCAUCGACGCUCAGGCCGUGAAGCAGCGGAAGUGCGAGUGGAUGUGCGCCCAUCCGCCUGAUGUGAAACCUUCGGAGACUUCGGAGACGGGAGGUCGGCCCGUGUGCAAGAGGCCCGCCGCCGCCACGCUGCCCAGCGACGCUAUGCAGCCCAGCGAGGACAAGAAGGCUGAUGGCUCCAGCGAGCCAGCCUGCCAGGAAGCGCCAGCUGACAGCCCCAGCAAGCGCGCGCGCUUGAGCGAGAAGACGCCCGAGCGCCAGGUGCCCGGUGACAAGGGCGGCGGCGGCGAGGAGAGCAAGGGCAUAGAGCAUGUGCCCAGGGAGGACAAGAACGCCUCGCUCCAGGAGAAGCCCCAGAAGUCCAUCAAGGCGCCUCGGAAGCCCAAGGCGCCUUCGAAGCCCAAGGCGAGGGCUGCGAAGCAGAGCUCGUCCGAGGAUGUCGACGACAGGAAGUGCAUCACUCCCAAGAAGGCCGCCAAGCGUGCAGACGACACCAGCAUCGCCGAGAGCUCCAGCGAUGAUGGUCUGCCGCAGCCCUCCGACCCAUUCUCGUUCUGA